CCUACGCCAUACACAAAAGCUAAUUAGAAAAUGGCACUUGCCCAUUUUGUUCUCAUUCAUACCAUAUGCCAUGGUGCUUGGAUUUGGUACAAGCUCGUACCAUUGCUGGAAGCUGCUGGCCACAACGUAACUGCACUGGACCUUGCAGCCAGUGGCAUUGACCAAAGACAAAUAAAUCAGCUUGGCUCAUUUGAUGACUAUUCUGAACCUCUGUUGAAGUAUAUGGCUUCAGUCCCAAAAGGAAAAAAGGUAAUACUUGUUGGAGAGAGCUGUGGAGGAAUCAAUAUUGCCAUUGCUGCUGAUAAAUACCCUGAAAAGAUUGCUGCUGCUGUCUUCCACAAUUCCCUAAUGCCAGAUACUGUGCACAACCCUGCUUAUGUUGUGGACAAGCUCUUGGAGGUGUUUCCUGACUGGAAAGACACAGUGUUUUCUAACUACACUUACAAAGGGGAGAAUAUAACAGCAUUGAAUUUGGGCUUCAAACUUAUGAAGGAGAAUAUUUAUACUAACUGCCCUAUUGAGGAUUAUGAACUGGCAAAGCGAUUGGUAAGGAAGGGAUCAUUAUUUCAAAAUAUUUUGGCAAAGAGAAAAUUCUUCACUAAAGAAGGAUAUGGAUCAAUUAAGAGAAUAUAUGUGUAUGGAGAUGAAGAUAAAAUAUUUCUACCAAAAUUUCAUCGCUGGCAAAUAGCAAACUACAAACCACACAAGGUGUAUUUGGUCCCAGGUGGUGAUCACAAGCUGAUGCUUUCAAAGCGUAUUGAGCUCUUUCACAUUCUGCAAGAGGUGGCUCAAACAUAUGCUUGACGUUCAUGCAUUUGCCUAUUGUGAAUUAUGUGGGUCAAGACAUAAAUAAAGUAUCUCACAAUCUAAUGUGGGCCAGUCAGAAAUAUUGUUUCAUGUUUCUUAUGUUUUUGUUUAAUUUAAUUCAUCUGUAUAAAUAAAACUGAAUUUCUAAGUUUAGUUUAAAUUUCGUUUGGUAU